UCUUUUUAAAAAUUAUUUAUCUGGGUGGUUGGUCUGGCUUGGUACCGUAGAAUUACCCUCUCGAUCAUUUCAAUUCGAUCUCUUCCAAGUAACAAGGAAGAAGAAAGAAAGCGAAAACCCAAACAGAGCAGAAGUAAAAAUGCGACCACACGUUAGCACUAGCACCUUACUACGCCAAGCUCUUCCGGUUUUGGUUCGACCUUACAACAAAUCAUCCAUUCUCUUUCGAACUUCUUCUAAUCACUUAUCCCUCUUCAGAUCCAUUUCACAAACUACUCUCCCGCGCCUUAAUAAUCCCAAUAGUUUUUGUAUUCCUAAACAUGAUGACAGAUUAUUAUUCACCGUUACUUCUCUUCGCAAGUUUACUUCACGCGCCACUCCCGUCAACGAUGCUGGUUCUAUUGAUUUGCCUCUCAUUCAAUCCAUGCAGAAUAAGAUAAAGGAACAACUCAAUGCAGAAUCAGUCACAGUAAAGGAUGCUUAUGGUGAUGGACGGCAUGUCAGCAUUGAUGUUGUAUCUACCGCCUUUGAGGGACAAUCAGCCGUGAAUAGGCAAAGGAUGGUCUAUAAAGCCAUAUGGGAGGAGCUUCAGAGCGUAGUUCACGCUGUUGAUCAAAUGACAACAAAAACUCCUACUGAAGCAGCUGCGAAAUGAUAAUAGAUAAUGAGAACACUACUUACAAUGACUGCUCGUGUAUCAAGAGUGAACUAAGAGUGAUCGUGCUCUUAAUAGAUUUUUGUAUUGCUGUUGUCUUCUCUGAAUGAAUUUCUAAUUUUAAACUACCAUUGCAUUGUUUUCAUUUUUUUUAAUAAUGAUACUAAAAAUGUGUUUAUCUAAUUAUUCUCAGUGAA